CAUUUACGGCAGUAAGAACCAACCUCCGCGACUGACAUAAGCCCACCUAUUUCAUAUCGGGGCACGCAUAUGGGGGCACGACAUACAAAUAUGUGAUGAAAGAGGAGGAGGAGCCGUCCACGAUACUCUCGUCAUAGCGGGACGUCUGCAUCGCGAGAACGGUAUUGGAAGGAGUUGGAGCGCAGCGUUCGCAGGUUCAUCAUGCAUUCUACUUGUCGCAAUGGAGCAAUGACGCCAAAAGUAGGUGUUUCGUUUCUGCAAAUGAGAGUUUAAUGACAAGUAGGUGGUACUUGUCAAUCCAUCUCGUUAUGCACCAGCGAACUGGUUAGAAUGACACAUUUUCCCUUGGCGCUCUGGAAGUUGAAGCUCAAAUUGGGAACAGGAGGAAGGGGACGUAGUAGUCGGGUGUCUGACAGGAAAGGGCACGCUGUCUAGCCGAUCUGGACACAAAACCCAAAGCUGUCAUUCGAAUCUGGAUCCGGACAUCCAUGUGUUUACACCACUGAUCGUUGCCUGUAGGCCCACGCGUGCGCCCAGUGCCCACAGUAAGCUCAUCCACCGGAGCAGCCAGAUAGCAUGGGGGUCCACGGGGAGGAACAGCAAGGAGAUCCAUCCAACGGGGACUUUCGGAGCGAGCAGACGCCGGUAGACCCGGCGGAGAUGGAGCAGAAUAAAGGUAGCGGUGCUGCUCACGACCCGGACAGCAGUCGCCCGGUCGAGGACGGCAAAAAGACGGCGAAGAGUGAAUGCAACGUCGCGCCAGAGGAGAGCACCGUGCAUCUGAUAGAUACCGUAUGCACACCGCCCGGGUCCCCCUGUCGCGACGCCCGGUCCCCGGGAGCCGGGGUAGACUUCGUUCCGCCCGACGGGGGCUUCGGGUGGAUAGUGGUGUUUGCCGCCACUUGGUGCAAUGGUUCAAUCUUCGGGAUUCAAAACUCCUUUGGCAUCCUCAACAUGAUGCUGAUGGAGGAACACGCCGACCCCAAUGACCAAAGGUCGCAGUUCAAAGUGGCCUGGGUGGGGGCCCUAGCGAUGGGGAUGAUCUUCCUCUGCUCCCCGGUGGUCAGCAUGUUCACCGACCAUUUCGGCUGCCGGCGGACGGCGGUGGGCGGAGCCACCGUGGCCUUCAUCGGGCUGCUCGGCACCUCGUUCGCAACCUCGCUGCCGCUGCGUUACUUCACCUACGGCAUCCUGUUCGGCUGUGGCUCCUCCUUCGCCUUCCAGCCCUCGCUGGUCAUCCUGGGGCACUACUUCCGGCGGCGGCUGGGCCUGGCCAACGGGGUGGUGACGGCGGGGGCCAGCUUGUUCUCCAUGGGGCUGCCCGUGCUGCUGCAGAAGGUGGCCAAGCCCCUGGGCCUGUGCCGCACCUUCCAGAUCCUCAGCAUCUUCAUGCUGGUGCAGGCGCUGCUGGCCCUGACCUUCAGACCCCUGCUGCCCGCGGGGCUGGGCUGCGGGCCGGGGGGCAUGCCCUCCGCGCCCUCGGGGCCGGCGGACCCCCAGGCCAGCAGGGGGAGCCGGGCCCUGGCCCAGGUCAGGAGGUACUUCAACCUCCGCGUGUUCCACAUCGUCACCUACCGCGUCUGGGCGUUCGGCGUCGCCACGGCGGUGCUGGGAUACUUCGUGCCCUACAUGCAUCUGAUGAGCUUCGUCAAGGAGCAGUUCAAGGAGACAGACAAGGAGUGGGUGCUGCUGGCGUGCAUCGGGGCGUCGUCCGGGGUGGGCCGCCUCGCCUUCGGGAAGAUCGGAGACCUGGUCCCGGGACUCCAGAAGAUCUACAUGCAGGCGACCUCCUUCAUGGUGCUGGGUCUGAUGUGCAUCCUGAUCCCCCAGUGCUGGGUGUUCGAGGGGCUGGUGGCGGUCUGCGUGCUCCUGGGCCUCUGUGACGGCUGCUUCCUCACCCUCAUGGCGCCCGUGGCAUUCCAGCUGGUGGGGCCGAUGCGCGCCUCGCAGGCUAUAGGCUACCUGCUGGGCCUCAUGGCCAUCCCCAUGACAGCAGGGCCGCCCCUCGCCGGGCUCCUCCACGACCACUUCGGGGACUUUACACUGGCCUUCUCCCUGUCGGGGGUGCCCCCCAUCGUCGGGGGUGUGGUGCUGUUCCUCGUGCCCCUGAUCCACCGCAGGCUCCAGGCCGGCCAGCAGGGGGCCUCCCCUGAAGACCCGGGGCCCGCCGACCACAUGCUGUCCCAGGAGCCCAAGAGCAGCUCCAACGGGGGCCUGCUCCCAGGCUACACGGACGUGGAGACGCACAUCUGAAGCAGCACUACAAAGGUAACGUCUGAAGCAGCUCUAUGUAACGUCUGAAUCAUCUCUAUAAAGGUAACGUCUGAAGCAGCCCUAUGUAACAUCUGAAUCAGCUCUAUAAAGGUAACGUCUGAAGCAGCUCUAUGUAACGUCUGAAUCAUCUCUAUAAAGGUAACGUCUGAAGCAGCUCUAUGUAACGUCUGAAUCAUCUCUAUAAAGGUAACGUCUGAAGCAGCUCUAUGUAACGUCUGAAUCAGCUCUAUAAAGGUAACGUCUGAAGCAGCUCUAUGUAACGUCUGAAUCAGCUCUAUAAAGGUGACGUCUGAAGCAGCUCUAUGUAACGUCUGAAUCAGCUCUAUAAAGGUAACGUCUGAAGCAGCUCUAUGUAACGUCUGAAUCAGCUCUAUAAAGGUAACGUCUGAAGCAGCUCUAUGUAACGUCUGAAUCAGCUCUAUAAAGGUAACGUCUGAAGCAGCUCUAUGUAACGUCUGAAUCAUCUCUAUAAAGGUAACGUCUGAAGCAGCUCUAUGUAACGUCUAAAGCAGCUCUAUGUAACGUCUGAAUCAGCUCUAUAAAGGUAACGUCUGAAGCAGCUCUAUGUAACGUCUGAAGCAGCUCUAUGUAACGUCUGAAUCAUCUCUAUAAAGGUAACGUCUGAAGCAGCUCUAUGUAACGUCUGAAUCAGCUCUAUAAAGGUAACGUCUGAAGCAGCUCUAUGUAACGUCUGAAUCAGCUCUAUAAAGGUAACGUCUGAAGCAGCUCUAUGUAACGUCUGAAUCAGCUCUAUAAAGGUAACGUCUGAAGCAGCUCUAUGUAACGUCUGAAUCAGCUCUAUAAAGGUAACGUCUGAAGCAGCAGUAUGCGAGGUGAGGCUGUGCGUGCGGAGGCAUGUGCAGAGCGUUCGGCUGCAUCCAAUGUUCCCUCGCUGUGUGUGUUUAAUGUCGCUUUUCUUUGCUGUCUUCCAGGGAUUCAGACCACCAGCACCUUAUGGCCAAGCCUCUCGCUGUUCCCGACUCACGAUGGAUCUGUCACUGGGGACGCAAUCACACCAACCUCACCUCACCCUCUACCGGAGCUGUGAAAGGUUUAUAGAAACUGGGUCACCAUCGCAACCGCUACACCUACGCAUUGCCUCUCCCCCCCCCCCCCCCCCCCUCCAUAUACACACACACACACUCUCACUCACAUACACACAUACACAUGUACACACACAUAUACACACACACACACAUAUAUACACACACAGCAAUGUGUUUCGAUGGAUCGUUAAAAAAUAUGACUUUGGAGCAGAGAGGUGAAGAGGUUUACGUGAGGAGAAGCUACGGAGGAAGACACUUGAGAUGAACGAGGUUCAGCGAUCAAGGUCUGGAUCAGAGUCACAGAAAGCGUUACGCAAUCCCCACACAUGUUUUAUCUGACGAUCAACUGUGAUUUUAUUAUUUUUCUAUAUAUAUAUAUUUGUAUCUGGAGAAAUAAAAUGAGUUGUGAGAGACAGAAAAUAAGAGAAUAACUGAGAAUAAUUAAUCUUGUUUUUAACGUUAAGAGGCUGUAUCUAAUUAUUUGACUUUAUUGUUAUUAUUAUAUAUAUAUUGUGCAUUUUAAAAUGGUAAAUUAGCAUAAGAAGGUCAUUGAGAUAACAAGUUACACCACAUUUCUUCUCGCUGCUGGUAAUUCAUCUCUCAGAAUCGUUUGGAUCAAUACUGUGAGAAUCAUGGGAGGGGUGGAGGGGUUUAGAUUUAGGGGCAGGAAGAGGUGAGCCGCCCGUGGGUGGGGGGUGGGGGGGAUCAGACACAAUCAACCUCAACUCAACCGCACAACAUGCCGCACCAAGACGUCACACACAUAGGAGCCCGUCGCCUCGGGUUACAGUCCACUGAGGAUCCCCUCUGGCGGCGGCCAUGCUGAUUCUACCGCCAAGAUCUGACAAACCAAACCACAGGGGCUGAAUAGGAUCACAGCUCAGCUUUUAUGUUCUAUAGGCUCAUCGUGUUUGCACCUUAUGGGUGGUGUCUUUUAUGCAAUUGAUAUCAACAGGGUUAGUGCCAUCUGCCGGAGAACUAACCACCACAACACCAAGUCUUCAUGAUACUCAGUGCAGCCAUCUCUCCCCAAAACCAUACAUUCUGCAUUGUGGAGUUCUUUGCAAACAUGUCUUUCUUUUUAGAAGGGUGCUAAAACUCUGGACACUAUGAUCACGUGAAAAAGUUUUUUGUUUCAAUAGAAAAUGUUCCUUGGUAGUAUACUAAAAACAGUUACAAGUGAUCACCAUUUGUGACUUGAGAUUUAUUGUUCGCCGUCCCAAGUUCAUAUUUGAAAACAGCAAAUUUUGGAUAGCUUUGACGUAUGUUUGUGUGUGUGUGUGUCUGUGUGUGUGUGUGCAUAAUAAUCAAUGCAGACAUGAGAGGUUGAGAGGUAUCUGUUGCAGUGUGCAGAGAGAUGCUGACAAUGGGGAUGUUUGAGGGGGUUAAUUCUGCCAAAACGCCUUCUCCCGGAUAAAGACAAUCCCUGCAUGGUUUAGCUGCUGUUUUUGUUUUGGGAUGUUCUCUCUCAUUAAAUCUCCACGCGCGUUCAUUCAAAAGAAAACCCGAAACAAAAAUAGAACCACAACUAUGCAGCCUCUUUUAUCAACAUUUCCCGAGUACCAGCGAGACGCGGCCGUCAUCGAGUUUAAACAACUUCUGACCUCUGAACUUUAAGUGUUAUUUCACCCUUUAACCGAAUGACGCAGUGAAUGGACCCCAGGCCAUGGACUAAUUUGACUCAGCGUGACUUAAUGGAGGCCAGAAGAGGGGCAGAGUGCGUCCUAGCGAUAGCUCUCUGUAGAUGGUAGGAAGAUGAGGGCAAUGAUGUCAAUGAUGUUUGUUCAGAGGGUCUGGUAACCUUUGUUUUUGUAGACCACUCUGCUUUUCUUUCACUGCUGUUUUGUUAAGGGUUUUCUUAAAUAUAAUUCAAGUUUUCCCUGCACACUGGGCCGACUACAAUGUUUCCCUGUGAGGCAGAGUUCAGAAGCACAGAGGGGACAGAAGGUUUUUGCAAAAGGUCCUGAUUGGGGAGCAGGUACACCCAUACCUCGGAGAUUGUAACCCAAGCACUCACUAUUCAUAUUCAGGACAAUGGGUUCCCGCUGCUGUCUACGAUACCUUUUUAAUUUUUUCUCUUUUAGAAGCACAUGUUGCCUUGCGGCGACUGUGUCAACUGCCAAAUGGGUUCCUAGACGUCCGCCCAUAGAUCCUCAGGAUAUCCUGGUGGGGGUUCAGGAGAACGAGAGAGCAUACGUAGCUGGUCAUGGAAUGGGGAGAAUCUAAGAAAAGGGUGUGGAACACUUAUUGUUUUGGGCCCAUGUGUUUUGAAGGUGUUUUUGGUAAUUAUUGUUGUUAAGAACAGUAAAAGUUAUGAUUGCUAAUGUCAUUGCUGUUCUCUUCGGCGUGUGUGUACAUGAAUGGAAUGAUGUGUACACACAUGUUAAUCAAAAUUCAAAGUACGUUUUGCUGUUUAAGAUUUUUUCUUCUGUAGAGCAGUUGGUAGCUAUACAGAAGACAAAAAUGUACAAAACGACAGGGAGAUAAACUAGAGUAAGUUCUAUUCUCUCUCUCUCUCUCUCUCUCUCUCUCUCUCUCUCUCUCUCUCUCUCUCUCUCUCUCUCUCUCUCUCUCUCUCUCUCUCUCUCUCUCUCUCUCUCUCUCUCUCUCUCUCUCUCUCUCUCUCUCUCUCCGUGUGCCUGAGGAAUGAAUGGAUGCAGUGUGAUUCAUGGAGAUGGACGAGUGGUCUAGAGACGGCCACACACCCUGUAAUUAUUUCAGAAAAACAUAAUUUAUCCCUCUGAAAACAACAGCAGCAGAUCUGCAAGUAACAGCUGUGUGUCAUGCAUUUGAACAGAAGAAGCUUCGGGUUUAAAAUGUGAAUGUUGUUUGAUCAGUGUUUCUGUUGUGUCUGUACAUCAGAGCACGAGAAGGACCUGCCAGCCCACCUGUGUCAUGUGUUCAGUUGUAUGUUGUAUGUAAAGAAUACCUUUUUUCUACAACAAUGGUAAAGGCAGUGUUGCCUUUCCAAUGGAAUCUGGAUUUUCUGCUUGUGUCUUUGAAAGUGACUUUGUAAAACAGAUGUCGCGUUUAUUUUGGACCUAUAACAUAUGCACCUAACAUAUGACAUGUUUGCUACAUUUGACUGACUAAUAUUAUCGAUACUGAUUCCAUUCUGUUCUUUCAAAUGAUCACGCUCAAUUUCACUGGCAACCUCACUUGACUCUUCUUUUUUAUAAGUGAAUCGAGAUGGAUCGAGUCAAUGAUCAGCUCAUCGCAGACUCAUGCCAUCACUGUCCUCUGACCUCGAGCUUGGGUGUUUGUGCAACAUGACAUGUUCUGUCUUGGAUGGAUUACCUCAAUCCUAAACUAAACACACACACAUUGGGAAACAUUGACCCUGCUGUCUUGUUAGCCUGCAGAACACCACCUAACCGUGGCCACUUGUGUGAUUCUGUUACUUGAGGGCUUCGGGAAAUCUUGGGGAUCUUUGAUUCCGUUUUCCACAGCUGCCAUUGUUAAGCAUUUUUAAUCACGGAAACAAUCAAAUGUAUACAGGAAUAUUUUGUAAACUUUGAACAACGUGUGCUAUAAGUUCUUGAUUCAGCCACAUAUUGUCAUACUAUUAAGAUUUGUAAUGAUUUUGGACCUGCUUUAGAAUGAUUACUGUUCAUAAUUUAACAUUGACUAUACAUCACACAUCAUUUUAGUUUUUUGUAAUUUAUGUACAAAAAUGUAUAUGAUCAUAUAUCCCACUCACUCCCACUUUAGCAUAUAUUUUCAAAAACACUGUACAAAACUAUAUUUGUAUUUGUAUUAAAUUCUCAUGCCAGCGUUAUAAUGAUUACCUUUGAUUUAUUCAGCUAUUAUUGUCUAACCCACUGUAAUAUCUACAUUCACUGGUCUCUGGCCUCGAUUUUUUAAUAAAACAAACAAUCAACCUCAAAUGCUCACACAGAUUAACAUUGUUUUUCAUGUUUUUAUGUUUUUAUCAAAUCUUUCGAGAAUACUGGUAACGCAACAGCAUUUAAAGUCACAAUGUGCUGCUAAUUACAUAUUUUGUGUGUGUGUUUUAUGGUCAUUUUGAAUUUUUUUGGAAACUGCAUUAACACUACUAAAUAGUGGCAAUUUGGACGUUGUUUAUUUUAAACAAUAAAGGCAUUAAAUGGCAACUGUC